GUCGGCGUUUCCGGGCGGAGGCGGUGCGUCGCCGGACCGCGUCCCCCAGGGCCCGCUCUUCCUCCUCUUCCUCCGGGCAGGCCAUGCAGGCCCGGGUGGUGUGCCUGGGCAGGGCGGGCGGCGGCGGGGGUCCCUCCGCGGGCUCCUCGGCUGCCCGCAGGGUCCGCCUCCUCCUGCAGCAGGUGGCCGGGCUGAGGGGAGGACUCCGGGCCUUGCACGGCGGAGAAGGUGAUACUGUUACUAUUGGAGAUGUGUCCUACAAACUCAGAAAGCCCAAAAAUCCGGAACUGGUCCCUGUGAACUACAUUUCAGAUUCUCUGGCUCAGUCUGUGAUUCAGCAUCUAAGAUGGAUCAUGCAGAAGGACCUCCUGGGACAAGAUGUUUUCCUUAUUGGACCUCCGGGGCCCCUUCGACGUUCGAUCGCCAUGCAGUACCUGGAACUGACCAAACGAGAGGUGGAAUAUAUGGCACUUUCAAGGGAUACAACUGAAACCGAUCUCAAACAGCGAAGGGAAAUCCGAGCCGGCACCGCCUACUACAUUGAUCAAUGUGCGGUGCGGGCCGCGACGGAAGGCCGGAUCCUGGUCCUGGAAGGGUUGGAGAAGGCGGAACGGAACGUCCUGCCUGUCUUGAACAAUUUGCUGGAGAACCGGGAGAUGCAGCUGGAGGACGGCCGUUUCCUCAUGUCGGCUGAACGUUACGAUAAACUGCUGAAGGAGCAUGAUAAAGAAGCCCUGGAUGCUUGGAGAAUUGUUAGAGUCAGUGAAGACUUCAGGGUGAUUGCGCUGGGGCUCCCCGUACCCCGAUAUUUGGGCAACCCAUUAGACCCGCCGCUUCGAUCUAGGUUUCAGGCUCGAGAUGUUUAUUAUUUACCCUUCAAGGACCACCUAUCGCAACUGUAUUUUAUUGGACAUAACGUUUCAACGGAGAGAAUCUCGCGGCUCUUGUCCUUUGCCAUGACUCUCUGCACCCAAGAAUCGUCUUCGUUGGGCCUUCCUGAUUUCCCUUUAGACAGCCUGUCCCCUGCUGUGCAGAUUCUGAAUUCUUUUCCUAUGAUGUCAGUGCAAUAUAUCAUCAACUGGCUGUAUCCCUAUAAUGUUUUGCUGGGAAAGGAAGGACAGACAGCUGUCGAAGAUGCCUUAAAGCGAUUUGAGCUCCAAGAUUCCAGGAAAUUCUCUGUCCCUACAAACGUGAUAAGCGUGAAGAAGAAAAAGGAGGAGGAGAACAACAAAAGCUUGCAGGCCGAGGUGACCAUCUCAAUAGGCGGAGAAGCUGUGACAUUCCAGGUCCCUGCUGGGACUCAGCCCAGCAUCCAGCGUCCUGGGGCCAAAGGCUUUGUCCGAACCUUCAGCCACGAGCAGCUCUUAGCCCAGAUGAUGCAGUGCCACCUGGUGAAGGACAUCUGCUUGAUUGGACAGAAAGGAUGUGGCAAAACGGUGGUGGCCAAAGCCUUUGCGGCCCUCUUGGGAUACGACAUAGAACCCAUCAUGCUCUAUCAGGAUAUGACAGCCCGAGACCUUCUGCAGCAAAGGUACACGCUGCCCAAUGGGGACACCUCCUGGAGACCUUCCCCCCUGGUCACCGCUGCCCUCCAGGGGAAGCUGGUCAUUCUGGACGGCCUUCACCGAGUCAACCCAGGCACGCUAGCCGUCCUCCAGAGGUUGAUUCACGACAGAGAGAUCACCCUUUACGAUGGUACCCGAUUGUUGAGGGAAGACAGAUACCGGAAGCUACAGGAAGAACUUCAGAUCUCAGCGGAGGAAUUAGAACAAAGGGCUAUUUUUCCCAUCCAUCCCUCCUUCAGAGUAAUCGCUCUGGCAGAACCGCCUCCUGUCGGAAGUACCACUCAGCAGUGGUUGAGCCCCGAGCUCUUAACGCUAUUCCUGUUCCAUUAUAUGAAGCCGCUGAGCAAGAACGAAGAAAUUAAAGUUAUUAAAGAGAUGGCUCCGAAUGUGGCCCGUGCCUCGGCCGAGAAGCUGCUGAAGUUAACCCACAAGCUUCGCGAGACCAAUGAUCCCACCGCGCAAUCUCUGGCCGCCUCCUUAUCUACCCGCCAGCUUUUGAGAAUCUGUCGGCGUCUCUCUCACUACCCGGAUGAGAGCCUCCACCACGCUAUCCACAAAGCUUGUCUUUCUAGGUUUUUACCCAAUCUGGCCAAAUCCGCCUUACAUAAAAACCUGUUGGAUGCCGAGAUCGAAUCGCGCCCUGCUGAUAUCCAGGAAACGGAGGGAAGAGACUAUAGCUGCGAAAUCAAAUCCGGAGUCCUCAGGAUUGGGAGUGUCCAAAUUCCAGUUUACAAACCCUACGAGAGCAUGAAAGUGCCUGACGUUCUUUUCUAUGAAAAUACUCAACAUAUGAUGGUGAUGGAAGAUAUGUUAAAAGAUUUUUUGCUCGGAGAACAUCUUCUUUUAGUGGGUAACCAGGGUGUGGGAAAAAAUAAAAUUGUCGACAGAUUCCUUCACCUGUUAAAUCGACCAAGGGAAUAUUUGCAGCUGCACAGAGACACCACCGUGCAGAGCCUGACGCUGCAGCCUUCCGUGAAAGAGGGCCUGAUUGUGUACGAAGACUCUCCCCUCGUGAAAGCCGUCAAAAAGGGCCACAUCCUAAUGAUUGACGAGGCAGACAAGGCACCCACCAACGUUACCUGCAUCUUGAAAACUUUGGUGGAGAGUGGAGAGAUGAUUCUGUCCGACGGGAGGCGCAUUGUCUCGAAUCCUGUUGCUGCAGAUGGGAGAAAAAAUGUCAUAGCAAUUCAUCCGGAUUUUAGGAUGAUUGUGUUAGCAAACAGGCCGGGAUUCCCUUUCUUGGGGAAUGACUUUUUUGGAACGCUUGGAGAUAUAUUUAGCUGUCACGCUGUUGAUAACCCUAAACCGAACUCAGAGCUGGCGAUGCUUCGACAGUACGGGCCUGACGUUCCUGACUCGGUUCUCCAGAAGCUGGUAGCAGCUUUUGGAGAGCUGCGAAGUUUGGCUGACCAAGGAAUUAUCAAUUAUCCUUACUCGACUCGAGAAGUAGUGAACAUUGUCAAGCAUUUACAGAAGUUUCCGACCGAAGGACUUGCUAACGUCGUUCGGAACGUCUUUGAUUUUGACUCCUACAACAAAGAAAUGCGCGAGAUAUUAAUUAGGACUUUGCAUAAACACGGAAUACCGAUCGGAGCCAAACCCGACAACGUACAGAUGGCGAAGGAAUUGCCGUUGCCUGAUACCAAAUUUAUGGGCUACUGGAAAAUGAAUCAUUUGGGGAAAUCACGCCGAAAACUAUUGUGUCCUACGGAAACGCAUCGCGUAGAUGUGAAGGGUCCUAUACAUUUAAAGGCGCAGGCCUUCCCUCUGGAAAGGCACGAAGCCCGAGCCUUGAGUUUUACAGAAGAGCUGGCAUUCUGGACCCUCCCUUUGAACGAGGUUAACUUCGUGUGUGAUGUGGUGUCGCAAGAGCGUGAAGACGGAACUUCCCUUUACGUGGCCACUUGCAAUCCCGUCUCCUUAUAUUUUAUGAAUACCUCUGGGAAAACUGGAUACUGCAUGGAUCUCUACGACCUCUUCCCGCGAACCCUUCGGGGCAUGUGGCAGCCGUUCGUGCGACUGGCCCCCCUUGGCAAUCCCCUCCAAGGCCAGGUCAUUCUGCACGAAGAGCAGAAUCACAUCAUUUUAUUGCUGGACACAAACACGGGGACCGUAAGCCGUCUCACCUUGUUACCGGAUAUCCCGGCGUCGCGGAAAGGGACAUCGUGGUGGGGAGGCAGACCGGAGGAGAAGGCGAGUCACAAAAUGUGCAAAGAAUUCGCACAUAAGAAUUGGCUGGUGUUCUACAAAGAGGAAGGGAACUAUCUUACCAUUAUGGAUGUCCUAGAGGGCAAUGCCCACACCAUCUCCUUGCCCAUCAGCCUCAAGUCUGUCUUUUUAGUGGCCGAAGAUCGGUGGCUUCUGGUGGAAGCUAAAACCAACCAGAAGUACCUCCUGACUAAGCCAAUACACCUGGCCGUGGAGGAGACUGGAGUAUGCCAAUUGCACACUUUGACUGAGGAACCAGGGGAAACUGGAUUUGGAGUAACCACAGGGGUGGACACCUAUGUGCCUCAGGCUAUUUCUCGGGAUCCCCUGUCUUCCGAGAACUUAAGCCGAGCCGUUGAGCAGAAAAUCAGCGCCCCCAACCGAUUGUUCUCCGGACAGGAAGAUUAUGCAACAGUGGUGGUCGGAUUCCCAGAUCUCAUGUCGCCCAACGAGGUCUUCAGCUGCAAGAGAGGCUCCCCGCUGAGCAGCCGAAAAUUUUCACCCGCUGACCCACUUUAUUACGGGAAAAGUAGCAAAGGAGGCACGGCGAAACACACCAAUUGUGUCACCCUGGCCGCCGCUAACCAAGUGGUCAGACUCUUGGCCCCUGGAGAUGUGCCUCUGAAGGAACUCUAUCCUAAAGAUGUUACGCCUCCCCAAACGGCUGGGUACUUGGAAAUUACCGAUCUUACAACCAAGAAGCUUAAAUACAUACCUAUUCCCAGAACCACCAAUCUCUCUCCGUACACAUCCUGGCUAGCCAUGAUUUCCGACACGGAUGCGUUGUUGGCUUCCCUGGGGAAAAACGGUGUGGCAACGGUGGACAUGGGGGGUAACGUCAGGCUGUGGGAAACCAGUCUAGAAAGUCUGGAAAAAUCCCUGCAAGAAUGGAGGACCAUGAUUGGCCAAGAAGAUGGCAGACCUGUACAGAUAACUAUCCAGAGGGAGAGCGGUUUGGACGUCAGCUCCCCUAAACAUGGGAAGAUCGACCCAGACAACGCCCCUCAUGUCGGAGGAAACACCUGGGCUGGUGGGACAGGUGGGAGAGACACUGCAGGCCUGGGGGGCAAAGGGGGUCCCUAUAGACUGGAUGCCGGUCACCAGGUGUACCAGAUAUCUCAAGCUGAGAAAGAUGCCGUACCUGAAGAGGUGAAGAAAGCCGCCAGAGAGAUGGGCGAAAAGGCUUUUAAGCAGAGAUUAAAAGAGAUCGAGAUGAGUGAAUACGAUGCGUCGACAUACGAAAGGUUUUCUGGAGCUGUUCGAAGACAGGUGCAGUCCCUCCGGAUUAUUCUGGACAACUUACAGGCCAAAGGGAAGGAAAGGCAGUGGUUAAGACAUCAAGCAGUUGGAGAACUGGACGAUGCCAAGAUCAUCGAUAGUCUAACCGGGGAAAAAUCGAUCUACAAGCGACGUGGAGAACUUGACCCGCAACUCGGAAGCCCACAGCAGAAGUGCAAGCGGCUCUCCCUGGUGGUUGAUGUCUCCGGCAGCAUGUACCGCUUCAACGGCGUCGACCGACGGCUGGAGCGAUCCAUGGAAGCCGUAUGCAUGGUCAUGGAAGCCUUUGAGAAUUACGAGCAGAAAUUUAAGUACAACAUCCUCGGCCACUCGGGAGACGGCUUCAACAUUGCCCUGGUCCCCAACGACAAAGUGCCAAAGGACAAUAAGCAAAGGCUAGAGAUCCUAAAGGUUAUGCACGCCCACGCUCAGUUCUGCAUGAGCGGAGACCACACCCUGGAGGGAACCGAGCACGCCGUUCGGGAGAUCACCAAAGACGACGCCGACGAAUAUUUCGUCAUCGUCUUAAGCGACGCCAACCUGGAGCGGUACGGCAUCCCUCCCGCAAGGUUUGCGCAGGCCUUGACGAUCGACCCCAAAGUCAACGCUUUCGCCAUAUUCAUUGGGUCCUUGGGGGAUCAAGCCGACAGGUUGCAGAGGACGCUACCAGCUGGUCGUUCUUUUAUUGCCAUGGACACCAAGGAAAUCCCACAAAUUUUGCAGCAGAUUUUUACCUCAACUAUGCUUUCCAGUUCGUAGUGAAAAGAUUUUCGUUGACUGGACUGAACUGUUCAACGUGGACGAUUAAUUCAGAAUAAUCUACAUGAGCUGCUAAUCAGAGUUGAAGCACUAACGGCCUAAUCUUUAUACUGAAUAAAAUAUACUUUAUGGUGAAGUGCAUAUUGUACUCGAAUUAAGGUGACCUAAAUUAUGGUUUUCUUCAAUAAAGAGGACGGUUUAAAAACUCAGUCACAGCUUUGGAAUAAAUUAAAGAUUUCUAUGAAUAAAUUAAAGAUUUAAAGGACGACACCAAGGAGGUUACUGGCUGAUUCUUUUUUGAUAAUUCUUUUGAAUUGGUACAGGCAGGCCUCGACAUACGACCGCAAUUAGAGCCCAACAUUUCUGC